CGUUCUAUUUAACUGACAGUUUAGUGUGAACCUAUAAAAUGGAUACGAGUGAUGGUAACUGCACUCCGUUGGACACAAGUUCUGUACCUCUCACUGUCGUUGGAUCCCCAAAGAGUUCUGAAAAUAUGUACUUGUAUGAUGACUCGUCAAUGUCCGACGGCAGCCUGUAUGCUAGCGACCAAGAAAAUCUCUCAGCGCCAAGAAAAAAAUCGGAGUACCGACGGCACCACAAGCGCCAUGCGUGCUGCACCCAACAGCAGCUCCAACAGCGGCAGGCGGCAAACCUGCGCGAAAGGCGUCGCAUGCAGUCCAUCAACGAUGCUUUUGAAGGCCUCCGCGCGCACAUCCCUACAUUGCCCUACGAGAAACGUUUAUCUAAAGUGGACACACUCAAACUUGCGAUCGGAUAUAUAAGCUUUCUCGGAGAACUGGUUAGUGUGGACAAAAAUGGAGACACGUUGCCGUCUAGGAUCUCCAACAACCUGAAAUCAAGUCACGAACAAAAGAAAAUCAUCAUUAGGGCUCGACAAAUAUACGAUGCAACCGGCGUACCGACUGUCGAAGUAGAUAUGGUAACAGAACUCGGGUUAUUUCGAGUCGGUGUACCAUCGACGGACAUGAAAAAGCUCGCUGAAGCAGUUCAGCUCCGUGACAAUAAUCCUUCCGAAUAUGCAGGCAUGGGAGUAGCUAAAGCUAUCAAGAAUAUUAACACCAUCAUUGCUCCCGAACUCAUUAAGCAAAAUCUCGAAGUCACUAUGCAAAAGGAGAUCGACCAAUUUAUGAUAGCCUUGGACGGUACUGAAAACAAAUCAAGGUUGGGUGCAAACGCUAUCAUGUGUGUGUCUCUGGUUGUAGCUAAAGCAGGAGCAGCCAAGAAAGGAGUUCCUCUUUAUAGGCAUAUAUCCGACAUGGCCAAUGUCGCCAGUAUUAUAUUACCAGUGCCUCACAUUACCAUUAUAGCUGGCGGAACGCUUAGCAAUAAUGGUUUACCGUUUCAGGAAUAUAUGAUAAUGCCCACAGGAGCUUCGACUUUCGCAGAAGCAAUGCGUAUAGGAAGUGAAAUAUAUCAUUAUGUAAAAAAUACUGUCACAGCAAAGUACGGUCCACAAACCUGUUUUGUUAGUCACACCGGUGGCAUGUCGAUACCACUAGAAAGUCACAGGGAUGCCCUAUUGCUGCUAACUGAUGCUAUAAAACAAUGUGGGUAUAUUGGAAAGGCUGAAAUUUCUAUAAACGCGUCUGCUAGUGACCUGUACAAAGAUGGAGCUUAUGAUUUAGAGUUCAAAAAUCCUAAUUCGAAUCCCCAGGAUUAUAUGUCCUCUGAUAAGUUAGCUGAAGUGUAUUUAGAUAAUAUGAAGGAGUUUCCAGUGUGUUCAAUAGAAGAUGGUUUCGAGUUUGAUGACUGGGCGGCUUGGUCCACUUUAACAUUGCGUACCACAGGUCAAUUACUCGGUAACGAUUUAACUCAGACAAACGUACGCAGAGUUGGAUUGGCUGUAGAAAAGAAAGCGGGAAAUGCCAUCGCUUUAAGAUUAAAUCAAGCAGGAACCCUCAACGAAAUUCUUGAGUCGUACAAAUUGUUGAAAUCAAACGGAUUUGGUAUAGCUAUAUGCGAUAGAUGGGGAGAUACGGAUGAUUUGUUCCUAGCCGACCUGGCGGUAGGGCUAUCAGCAGGUCAGGUUAGAUGUGGCGGACCAGUACGAGGUGAACGCGUUGGCAAGUACAAUCAAAUCAUUAGAAUCGAAGAAGAAUUAGGAGCACUGUCGAAGUAUGCUGGAAAAAAUUAUCGCGGCCAAUUGUAGUUAAUAUACAAAUUAUUAAAUA